AUGCGCCGCCCUCAACCUAUGCCGCCAUCCCCAAUUUCCUUCAAAGAGGCCAUUGAAGAAUGCCUUUCUGCCCUUAAUAUGGGCUCUAUCACGAAGGAAGACCUUUUCUCUGAAGCCAAAAAAAUCCUAGAUGCAUUCUCGAACGAUUCAAAGAUCGAAACCGUGAUUUUCGGCGAUGUAAAGUGUACAGCAGAACGAUUGACGGCUGAGGAUGUAGACCCUGUAAAAUUCAGCCAAUUUGGAAAAACCGGAUGUAACGAAAAUCCGCAGCUGCUCCGGCACGAAAUAUGCCGUGUAACCAAGAGGCUCGAUGCAUGCAGUCUUUAUGAAAACGAUCCUGUACGAAGAAAUUGGACAUCGAUUUGGAAAUAUUUGGCCGAGGAGAUUGGCGCUUCAUUUUUAAUGCUGAACGCAGGAGAUGCGACGGAAAUGAUAUUGAGAAAACCAAAAAUCAUCCCUCAUAUUCGACCCAUAUGGCUGAUUAUCGUCGAACAGGACAAGACUACUGUAAUCUCGCCCAUCACGGACGCAUCUUAUUCUCUCGCUCAAAUUCUGCGAUUCCCACAUCGCAAUCUGGACGCUUUGCACCUACUCUACGCCCAAUUAUUCGAAUGCGGCCAGCAGCUGGUAAAAAUGCAAAUUUAUCCAGUUUUUACACCUUACAAAUUCAAAUGCGACAACGUGCUGUGGCUGGAGUACGAUGUGCUACAAUAUUUCAAAACUGACCGGUCAUUGAAGUCGCCAGCAAGUGGAAUCGAUUUGUCCUACUGUACCAAUCAAUGGCGAAUGGGAAAAACAUCAAAUCUGGAUUAUAUUUUGCAACUGAAUGAUUUGGCAGGGCGGAAAAGAGGAGCGAUCCACAAUCACCCGAUCGUGCCUUGGGUCGUUGAUUUUACUUCUAGCACUUCUGGUUGGAGACCACUGCACAAAAGCAAAUAUCGGCUUCAAAAGGGCGAUCCGCAAUUACAGCAAAUGUUUAAAAGUGAGCAGGCCCAUCAUAUUCCGGAGCUGCUGUCUGACCACAGUUAUAUGGUCUAUCGAGCUAGGGUCGAAACAAAGGAGAAUUUAUGUAAAUAUGUUCGAGCCACGUGGGAACCACGUGAAUACCCCGCCAGCGUCAAGCGGAUGUAUGAUUUGGCACCAGAUGAAUGCAUUCCGGAGCUUUAUGAAGACCCAAAUAUCUUAAAAUCAACCCACAACGAUAUGCCGGACCUCGAACUCCCGUUGUUUUCUGAGUCACCCUCUGAAUUCAUUAAAUGGCAUCGAUCGCGGCUGGAGAGUGAUGAGGUCUCUGCACAGCUUCAUGAAUGGAUUGAUUUGGUUUUUGGAUACAAGCUAAGCGGACAAGCUGCCAUCGAUUCGUUAAAUGUCCAUCUUGGAUACGCCGAUAAAUCGACAGAAAUCGUGGAUCACGGAGUUGUACAACUAUUUCAAACGCCACAUCCAUCGAAAUUUGAUCUUGAAUCUGAGCCAAAAACAAAUUUCUACGGCAUGACGAGGGAUGAUGAAGCUAAGCUCGAGGGGGAGAAUUUGAACGAUGAAAAUGAUGAGAGAAAAGAAGACGGCGAUGACAACAAUUUGAUGAAACUGUAUAAUCAAAUUAAACGCGUUUCUAAAUUCUGCACCAAUGAGCUCGUUCCAACUAUUCGAAGCCUGUUAAACACCAUGAUCGAGAUUGCCCUCCCCACCGAAUUCAGCCGACGUGGAGAAUCGGAUUGGUAUACGGGUUUGAAUUACAACCACGCCCUGAAAUAUCAAUCUAAGCUACCAAGACACCUUCGUGACGUAUUUCCGAAAAUUCUAAAACUUGCCCUUGACGAGAACACAAUGCCAACAGCCAACGAGUUCUUCAAGGAUUUUCCAGUUUUGCUGAAUAUACCCGCGGACGUGCAAAAAUUCCACAGCUUACUCUGCACUUUUUACGCAUGCCACUUGGUGCGCUGUUAUGCUUGUAUAGAACAGACAGAAAAAACCCAAGCCAAUGCGUUGCACGGGGAGGUUGAACGGCUCCGAGGAUGUUUAUUACUGGCCAGUGGUUCUCAGAACCGGGAAGAAAGGUUGACAAGGCUUGUGGCAAGGCUUUUGAACAAUCAAAAGGCUUCGAUAGCAGCGGUAUCUCGGCUUUUUCCAGCGGUUUGCCGAGUGUUUUCAAAAAGUUCUGUCGAUUUGCUGCUACAGCCGCUAAAGAAUUUGUUGCAUGAUGACAAUACUGUUAAGCUUCUCGAUCGGCGCUUCUUACUUCAAGUUUCUAUCGCUUAUGGGGCUAAAGUAUUCCUGAACGAGAUCGUUCCUACACUUGUUGAAGCUGUUGCCAGCAAAAUUGAAGAUAGAUCAAUUGUUGCAAAAGAAAGUAUACUAUGGCUUGCCAAACGCUACGGCCCAGUGGUCUGCGCCCGCUUCAUCUCCUCAAAUCUACUGCGUGUUCAUGCCACUUGCUACUCAAAUCUUGAGAUCAUUAAGGAACAUCAAGUUCAUAAGGAUGCUUUUAAUCAACCACUGUACGGCGACGCAAUUGGAGUCCGAGUUGAGCUAUGCUUGGCUGAAAUCGCCGCUUCAUACAGCUCUACUUUCAUCAGCGUCCAAUACGUCCCAUUCUGUUGUGAAAUUAUUGAACAAGUAUUGCGACGAGGAGCCAGCCAAUUCGAAGCUAGUCUCAUCUCUGUGCUUCGUAUUACAAGACUAGCCAUGAGAUCAUUUGGUGACAACCAAUUGAUGAGCUAUUUGGAGGACAUCUUCAUGGGAAAGAUCAUCGAGAAGCUGACAAUCAUGGUUUGCUCCAGUGAUUUUAACUUUACUACCGUAUCGGCAAGGCGGGCUUUGGCUUCGAAGAUACUCGCAUUUUUGCUCGAAAUCUCGAGGCGGAUCGGGGCUGAGAAUGUGCGGAUGUAUGGGAAGCAGCCAUUUGAGACAUUUUUCAACGCUUUCGUGACGUUAUACGAGGCUAACGAGGAAUUGGCUCUACAUGCAAAGCCAAAUGCAAACAAGACGCUUCUCGACGCAUUCCCCCCUGUGGUACGUCGAAUCCGUUGUGGUGACGUUCUGCGAAGAAUGGGGAGUGCCAAUGCUAUCUUCCUUCUGCUCGGAUCCCUCCUUCUUGGUCCCAUUUGUGUCUGCGCAAAGUGCACGCCAGACCAUUGCAAUAUGACCGGGGUGUCGUCGGGCAACAGGUUGUACUCGUUGUCGUCGGCCGGCACCCCGACGUCUUAUUUGGCGCUGGGAGGAGCGGGAGCCUUCGACUCCGGUGGUUCCCUCAGCAACCUCUGGUGUGCCAGAGUAUCAGCUGCCGUUUGUGGAAGCGGCACAAAACACGUCCCCCGCUUCGACCAAAUCACCCUGUGCACAUUCUCCGGACAUUCCGGAGCAAUCCGACGCAUCGAGUCGCUGUCGAACGAAAAUAGCUUUGUGACAACGUCAAGUGACAAGACGGUCAAGCUAUGGUCGAUCAGACAUGACCAAGAGACAUCCCAAUGCCAGUGGACUUACAAGGGACAUUCCGGAACCGUCCGUGAUGUACGACUCUUGGCAAGUGGUCUGAUUGCUUCGACCGAUGGUUAUUUGCAUGUCUGGGACCCAUUCCGAGGCGCCCUACAUUCACAACUCGAAUGGGGUGGUGACGGGAUGAUACACUGCAUCGAUACUUUGGAUCGACAUACCUUAGUGGCCUCCAGCUCCCUGCAUUCGAGCAUAAAAAUCCAUGAUACACGAAUGGCCGAUUGGGUAGCAGAGUUCCGAAUAAAUCCAGCGCCAGGAGUCGUUCGUUCUCUAUCCGUUCAUGGCAACAGAAUGGCAAUUUCUUUGUCAAAUGGUACUGUAGCUGUGGUUGAUCCGAGGACUGGGAGAGUGGGAUCUUUGUCGUAUGGAAAUUAUACCCAUGCUUCAUCGAUCAAUUGGAUAUCUCCCACUUGCUUUAUCGUUGCUGAUAGUGACGAGGAAGCUGUUGUUUUUGAGGCAGCGCCUCGAAUUGAGCGUCGUUGGAGUACUCCUGAUCCCGUUUUGUGUAUGUCUGCCGAGGGAGAUUCUUUGGCUACAAUCCAAACCGGCAACAAUUUCCGGCUGUAUUCAAAUCAGGAAAUGAUCCUUAAUUCGAAGAUCAAGAGCGAUAUCGUCUCCGGGCAAGUCACCGCCCUUGCCUAUCUACCGUUAAAUAAUACCUUCCUGAUCGGAGCUAAUAACGGAAAUAUCAAGCUCCUAUGU